CUCGCCCAGCCCCCCUGUCCGUGGACGCACCAAGUGUACCGAUUGCACUCUUUGCGUUUUGGAUAAAGCCCGACUACCUUCACUGUGAAGGCUGGGCACGGUACAGGAGGAUCAGGGCCUCGUUGUGGCUGAGAGAAGAGGCUUAAAUUCGUCACAUAUGGCUUUUUUGUAGGACAGUAUCUAUCAUUACUUGGGAUUGUGGAAGGGACGUCAGUAAAAAUCACUUAAGUCGCCCAGAAGUUUUAUACACUUGUGGGCGCGCGACCAUGGAGAUGCAAAGGUGGUCCACAAGGUGGAAAACGAAAAGGUGGCUUAUGGAUUCCACUGUAACCGGAUUCAUCACUAUAACCUUGGUUCUACAGGCUGCUAAUGUCAGAGCAGCAGAGCCAGUGGAUGUCCUAAAAGUAUUAGCAUUUGAAAAUUACCCCAAAGGAGUGACAAAAACAACAGGAUUUUGCGCAAACCGAAGAGCAUCGACGCCAGAUACAGCUUACAGAGUUGCCAAGGAGGUCCAGAUCAGUGCCCCCACCACACAGCUAUUCCCUGGUGGUGUUUUUCCUGAGGAUUUCGCCAUCCUAGCCACAGUGCGUCCCAAAUCUGGCAUCCAGUCCUUCUUGCUGUCCAUUUACAACGAGCAAGGAGUCCAGCAGCUGGGCGUGGAGGUUGGACGCUCACCUAUCUUCCUGUAUGAGGAUCAUAAUGGCAAGCCAGUCCCAGAGGAAUACCCCCUGUUUGAUGGUCUUAACCUUGCUGACGGAAAGUGGCAUCGUGUAGCCAUCAGUGUGGAGAACAAAGUGGCCACUAUCAUUGUAGACUGUAAGAACAAGGUCACCAAAAACCUCCCCAGGAGUGACCAUGCCUCCGUCAGCACCGAUGGCAUUACUGUGUUCGGCACCAGGAUACUGGAUCAGGAGGGUUUCCAGGGGGACAUCCAGCAGCUUCUGAUUGUAGAGGAUCCCAAAGCAGCAUACGACUACUGUGAACAUUACAGCCCAGACUGUGACACUGCCCUCAGCGAUUCUUUGCAGGCACAGGAGCCAGAAGAGUACACUACUGAUGAUUUAGAUUACUCUGUGUUUGAUGAGUAUUCAGAGGGAACGACAGAAACCAGUCCAACCUAUGAUGAUUUUGAGCCGCAGAUAAACAAUUUAGAAGGAGAUUACAAUACAGACAUUGACUACGGAACUGUAGAUGGUACUCACACUCAGUCCCCCUUUGCCACGAGUGGACCCUAUGAGGCUGAGGAGGAAGAUGUUGUCGGUGCAUAUGUCACCGAGGCCACUCACGUUGCUCCAGAGCCCACCGUUGUUGCAGAAGCACAGGACACCUUGGAUACUGGUGCGGACGCAUAUGACUUUAAGGAGUAUGACCUAAACCAGUAUGACUUGGGCGAGGUUGACAGCAGGUUGUAUGAUUAUGGGGCGUAUGAUGAGUAUGGCACAGCCCUGCCUAAACCUGAGGCGACCUACGAUGAUGAGGUGGGGCCUGGGGUCGCUGCUGAAACCGAUGUUUCGGAGAGUACUGUCGCUGGUUCCGUAGCAGGCUUUGGACAGAAGGGAGAGAAGGGCGAGCCGGCUGUGAUUGAACCUGGCAUGCUAAUUGAAGGACCACCAGGACCCCCCGGCCCAGCAGGUCUUCCAGGACCAGCAGGCCUACAAGGACCCCCAGGCACCUCUGGAGAUCCUGGGGACAGGGGUCCUCCUGGACGCCCUGGUCUGCCUGGUGCUGACGGUUUGCCGGGGCCCCCUGGUACCAUGCUGAUGCUUCCAUUCCGUUUCGGCGGGGAUGGUGAGAAGGGUCCAGUGGUGUCGGCCCAAGAAGCCCAGGCGCAGGCGAUCCUUUCACAGGCUAGACUGGCUAUGAGAGGACCCCCUGGGCCAAUGGGUUUGACGGGAAGAUCGGGGCCAGUGGGUCCACCUGGCAUUUCUGGAUUGAAAGGUGAAAGUGGAGACCCUGGUCCUCAGGGUCCUCGUGGCACCCAAGGUCCCCCAGGGCAGCCUGGCAAGGCAGGCAAGCGGGGUCGUGCUGGAGCUGAUGGUGCCCGUGGGAUGCCUGGAGAAUCAGGUUCUAAGGGUGACAGAGGAUUUGAUGGACUUCCUGGGCUGCCUGGUGAAAAAGGACACAGGGGAGAACCAGGACCAAUGGGACCCCCAGGUGCCCCUGGAGAGGAUGGACAGAGAGGCGAGGAUGGAGAGAUUGGGCCUCGAGGAUUAGCUGGAGAGAGUGGUCCAAGAGGUUUGCUGGGACCUCGUGGUCCUCCAGGACCCCCUGGAUCACCUGGUGUUGCUGGAGUUGAUGGUCCUCAAGGUCCAAAAGGAAACAUGGGACCUCAAGGAGAGCCAGGCCCACCCGGGCAGCAGGGAAUCCCUGGGACACAGGGUCUUCCUGGUCCUCAAGGCUCCAUUGGACCACCUGGAGAAAAAGGACCUCAGGGCAGGUCGGGGUUGCCUGGAUUACCUGGAGCUGAUGGGCCCCCUGGUCAUCCUGGUAAGGAGGGGCCACCUGGAGAGAAAGGAGCCCAAGGUCCAUCAGGCCCACAGGGUCCCAUUGGUUAUCCUGGUCCUCGUGGUGUUAAGGGUGCAGAUGGUGUCCGUGGUCUCAAGGGAUCAAAGGGAGAGAAGGGUGAGGACGGUUUCCCGGGUUUCAAGGGGGACAUGGGAAUCAAAGGAGACCGGGGUGAAAUUGGUUUGAUUGGGUCCCGUGGAGAGGAUGGUCCUGAGGGUCCUAAAGGCAGAGCUGGGCCCCCUGGUGAAUCUGGUCCUCUUGGUCUUGCUGGAGAAAAGGGUAAACUGGGUGUCCCAGGAUUGCCAGGUUAUCCUGGAAGACAAGGACCUAAGGGCUCAAGCGGUUUCCCUGGAUUCCCCGGAGCCAAUGGCGAGAAAGGAGGCAGGGGCACUGCUGGCAAAUCUGGUCCGCGAGGACAAAGAGGUCCGACGGGUCCCAGGGGCGCUCGAGGAGCCAGAGGUCCAACAGGAAAACCUGGACCCAAGGGCACAGCAGGCAACGACGGUCCUCCUGGCCCACCUGGUGAGAGAGGACCUCAAGGACCACAGGGACCAGUAGGUUUCCCUGGACCAAAAGGCCCCCCUGGACCACCUGGCAAGGAUGGGCUGCCCGGACACCCUGGCCAGCGCGGAGAAACAGGUUUCCAAGGAAAGACCGGUCCUCCAGGACCAGGAGGUGUUGUUGGGCCCCAGGGACCCACAGGAGAAACUGGUCCCGUCGGUGAGAGAGGCCACCCUGGACCUCCUGGCCCACCUGGAGAGCAGGGUCUUCCAGGUGCUGCUGGCAAAGAGGGAGCCAAGGGUGAUCCUGGGCCACAGGGAUCCCCUGGUAAAGACGGUCCCCCUGGUCUUCGUGGCUUCCCUGGAGAGAGAGGUUUACCCGGUGCCCCGGGCCCUGCUGGUCUGAAGGGAGGAGAGGGUCCCCAGGGUCCACCUGGUCCUGUUGGUUCUCCUGGUGAGAGAGGUGCUGCUGGCCCAGGAGGUCCAAUUGGCCCAUCUGGUAGACCUGGCCCUCAGGGUCCCCCAGGUCCCGCUGGGGAGAAGGGAGCACCUGGUGAGAAGGGGCCUCAAGGUCCAGCUGGUCGUGAUGGUGUCCAGGGUCCUGUAGGUCUGCCUGGACCUGCUGGACCCCAGGGCCCACCUGGUGAGGAUGGUGACAAGGGAGAAGUUGGAGAACCAGGUCAGAAAGGAAGCAAAGCUGACAAGGGAGAACAGGGUCCUCCUGGUCCAGCUGGUCUCCAAGGUCCUGUAGGCGCUCCUGGUCCUGCUGGAGGUGAUGGAGAGCCUGGUCCCAGAGGACAACAGGGCAUGUUCGGACAGAAGGGAGAUGAGGGCUCCAGAGGUUUCCCUGGACCUCCUGGUCCUAUUGGUCUGCAGGGGCUUCCAGGACCUCCUGGGGAAAAGGGUGAGAACGGCGAUGUUGGACCUAUGGGCCCCCCUGGUCCACCUGGUCCCAGAGGUCCUCAGGGUCCUAGUGGAGCUGAUGGUCCACAAGGUCCUCCAGGUGGUGUGGGCCCCAUGGGAUCUGUAGGUGAGAAGGGUGAGCAAGGUGAGGCUGGAAACCCAGGACCACCUGGAGAGUCUGGAACUAAGGGACCUAAAGGUGAGAGGGGAGAGAAAGGAGAAGCUGGCCCACCUGGAGCUGCUGGACCUGCUGGUGCCAAAGGACCCCCUGGAGAUGAUGGCCCCAAGGGCAACCCUGGUCCUGUUGGAUUCCCUGGAGACCCUGGCCCUCCUGGAGAGCCAGGUGUAGCUGGCACUGAUGGCGAACCAGGAGAGAAAGGAGAGGAUGGAGAGGCUGGCCAACCGGGACCUCCAGGUCCAUCAGGAGAAGCCGGCCCACCUGGACCACCUGGCAAGAGAGGACCUCCGGGGGCUGCUGGUGCAGAGGGCAGGCAAGGAGAGAAGGGCGCUAAGGGUGAGUCAGGUGUGGAGGGUCCAGCAGGUAAAACAGGACCAGUUGGCCCCCAGGGACCUCCAGGAAAACCUGGUCCAGAGGGUCUGCGUGGAAUCCCUGGCCCUGUUGGUGAACAAGGAAUGCCCGGCUCCCCAGGACAAGAUGGCCCACCAGGUCCUAUGGGUCCUCCCGGUCUUCCUGGCCUGAAAGGUGACCCGGGUUCUAAAGGUGAAAAGGGUCACCCAGGUUUGAUUGGUCUGAUUGGACCCCCUGGCGAGCAAGGAGAGAAGGGAGACCGAGGUUUGCCCGGGCCUCAAGGUUCUCCUGGUGGCAAGGGCGACGGUGGUAUCGCUGGAGCCAGCGGUCCUCUUGGUCCCCCAGGCCCACCUGGUUUGCCCGGUCCUCAAGGUCCCAAAGGAGCCAAGGGUUCAAGUGGUCCUGCUGGUCCAAAAGGAGACACUGGUGCAAUUGGUCCUCCUGGUCCUCCUGGCCCACCAGGUGAAGCUAUCCAGCCUCUGCCAAUUCAGUCACCAAAGAAGACAAAGCGCUCCAGUGAUAUCCAGUCAGAUGGUACCAUCAUGGAUUAUGGCGAGGGUAUGGAGGACAUUUUUGGCUCCCUCAACAACCUCAAGCAAGAUAUUGAACGCAUGAAAUACCCCAUGGGCACCCAAAACAACCCCGCCAGGACAUGUAAAGAUCUGCAGCUCUGCCACCCAGAGUUUGCCGAUGGUGAGUACUGGAUUGACCCGAAUCAAGGCUGCUCAGGGGAUUCCUUCAAAGUCUACUGUAACUUCACUGCCGGAGGCGAAACCUGCAUUUAUCCAGAUAAGAAGUCCAGUGGAGUCAGAAUAUCUUCGUGGCCCAAAGAAGUCCCAGGAUCAUGGUUUAGUGAAUUUAAGCGUGGUAAAAUAUUUUCCUAUGUCGACGCAGAUGGGAACGCAAUAAACAUGGUACAAAUGACCUUCCUCAGACUACUGACAGCCUCAGCCAGGCAAAACUUCACCUACAGCUGCCACCAGUCUGUGGCGUGGUACGACGCCUCUAGCGACAGCUACAACAAGGCACUGCGUUUCUUGGGUGCCAAUGAUGAGGAGAUGUCCUACGACAACAACCCUUACAUCAAGGCCAUCUCAGAUGGAUGUGAGACGAGGAAGGGCUACGGAAAGACUGUGAUGGAGAUUAAUACUCCCAAAAUUGAUCAGGUUCCAAUUAUCGAUGUCAUGUUGACUGACUUUGGGGAUCCGAACCAGAAGUUUGGGUUUGAAGUUGGGCCUGUCUGCUUCCUUGGCUAAAUACAAAUGAAAAAGUCAAAUAAAAAAAUAAAAAAUAAAAAAAAGGACUUGAUGGGGCCAACAAAGAAAGUCAAGUUGAGACAUUCUGGGUACUACCAAACCCCAUUUUUAGCCCCCCACCCUUUUCCAUGCCACAUGCAAGUUUUGAAUAAGAGAUGGUGUAGCAAACAUGUCUUUCCAUGUAUGUAUGUGUAACCCAGGAAAAUACUUGUUGCCCUUGUGGGGCUCGAACCACAUGACUUAACCACGUCACGGAGCAAAGGUGAAGGACAAUCGAAUCGUGUGGCAGAGGAGGGUGAAUCGGACAUAACCGAGGGGGGUGACACGCGUCUCCUCUCUGGACUCUCCAGGUGCUGUAUGAAAACAACAAUGGUGCUUGUUCAAAACACACACAAAGUCUAAAAGAGGUGCUACAAAAGAAGGUGUAUUUUGCUAAUUAUAAAAUACUGUAAUUAUUAUUUUGUACAAAACUUUUAUUUCUAAAUCCACUUUCAAAACUUGCAUGUGUAUCAGAUUUCACUUUUGGCUCUUUCAUUUCAACACUGGUUUAAAGACAUACCGUGUAAGUUAAAGGCAUCAUUAAGUCAAGUCAAUUUAUAAUUCUGUCUUUUUGUUCCAACACUUACUGUGUACAUGUCAUGAAGAAAAUAAAAGUGAGCAUUCAAACAGUUCUCUAUUGCUAAAUUAGACUGUAUGCCCUUUGUAUAUAUUGACAGUCCAAAGCUUGAGGUUACUUGCUGUUUUGCCCUUGUGACCGUAGGUGAAACAACUGGAAGUAUUACACCUGCACGUAUAUGACAACAUCUCCCACUAAUGUUGUGAUCCCGUGCUAGUAGGAAGCAAUCAUGGCAUUCAUCUUCUUUUAUUUAAUUCUAUUUUUCUUUUCUUUUGUUUCUUUGUUUUUUCCAUUUUCUGACAGGCUUUCAUUUUGGUUGGAUACCUCAAACUUUCUUGAUAACCUUUAAGAUGCAAGGUUGCCAUGCCCUGUAUAUACCUUGGUUAAGCAAUUAAGUUUAUAUAUAUUUGGGUGGGGAUUUUUUAAAAGAGAGAAAUACAUUAACUGUUAGAGAUCCACUGUUCAGAUCCCUCUGUGAAUGCAUUGAGAAUCCCUUUCGGUGACCCAUUUUUGUAACUAAGAUGUUUUAAUGUGCUUUUUAUAGUUCAUUUAAAUAUUAAAAACCGGAUUCUAAACAACAGUGAACUGAAUGUCUCAACAGUUUGUGUAAGAUGAUUUUGGAGAAGAUCUACCUACUGUACAUGUGAAAUGCUUUAAAUCAAGGAUAUGUUCAUUCAAUUAAGACUCUGGGCUGGUGCAAUUCCAUCUCUUGAAACCAAUAAAGUACCAUCUUACACUAA